AUGAUCCAUUUCUGACGUUGGCAUCAACUUCUUUCUUCUUUCUUCGAACUCGCUUUCCCAUUGCCUCUUCUUCCCUUCCGUUUUCCAUCAUCACGUGCGCUUCGUUUUUCUCUCGUGCCUCUUUUGCUUAAUUUUUUGGAAUCAUUUGACAGACCACGAGUUUUCAGAUGGUUCUUUCGUAGGUAUUUGUCGAAUUGUCGUUCAGCAAAUCUUAUUAUUUCGAACAGCGUAGGGUUUCGUAGUCUGAUCUCUUCCACUUCAUUCUCUAUUUCCGCGAUGGACUUAUCUUUGUUUUCUCUGAUUUUCAAAAUCUGUUUGUAAAGAGUUGACAAUUCUUCCAACAGAUUUUCAACGUUUUUCUUCAUCUUUUUCCAGUCUUCUUCCUCUCGAGCGUAGAAUUCGUUCAGUUCCUUCGAAACGUUGUAUUUUUUCGCCCACGCAGCAAGUUUGUCGCGCACCUGA